AUGGAGGAAGGGGGCAUCCCGGACCCCAGGCCUUCAGCCGUAAGCGAACGCCUUGGUUGGUUGCCCCUUGUCACACACUGUGGUCGAGGGGAGAUUGGUAUUGCAACGGAGGAGAUUGGUUGGGUGAUGAUGCACGCACCCUUCUACAACUCCAACUUGGGCCACCUGGGUGAAGCCACAGUCAUGAUGGAGGAUCUGGAAGACUUGCUCUUCAAGCACGGGGUGAACAUCGUGCUUGCGGGCCACGUGCACUCCUACGAACGCACCUGGCCGGUCUACAAGAGCCCUGCCUAA